UUCUCAUAUCUUUAAAAGUAUAGUGAGUAAACACAAAUACAUUAUACAUUACCAUAAUGGAAAAUCAACCUAACAAGUUUCUUCACAUUGCAGUUUUUCCAUGGCUUGCUUUUGGUCAUAUUAGUCCUUUCUUUGAAUUUUCCAAACUCAUUGCUCAAAAGGGUCACAAAGUUUCAUUCAUUUCCACAACUAGAAACAUCAAACGCCUCCCUCAACUUCCUCCUACUUUACAGCCUUUGAUCAAAUAUGUAGAACUACCACUUCCACAUAUAGAUCAACUACCUGAGAAUGCAGAAGCCACUAUGGACAUUCCAACACAUAUUGUUCCAUAUCUCAAGAAAGCAUUUGAUGGUCUUCAACAUCCUUUGACUCUAUUUUUGGAAACAUCCACUCCUGACUGUGUCAUAUAUGACUUUGUACCUUAUUGGUUACCACCAAUAACAUCAAAGCUUGGUAUCUUAAGCAUCUAUUUCUCAAUUUUCAUUGCAUCUUUUCUAGAGGAACUCUUAGUUCAUAAGUCAAAUGAUGAGGAGGACAAUGUUAUUUCUACUGUCCACUUUGAACCAAAUGAAUCUGGUGCUUCAGAUAUGUUUAGGAUGAAAGAAACCUUUUUUGGAGCAAAUUUUAUUGCUGUAAGAAGUUGCAUGAAGAUUGAAGGUAAGGCUGUAGAAUCGGUCGAAAAUUAUUGCAAGAAAAAAGUGAUUCCAGUUGGAGUAUUGGCACCCUCACUAGAAUUCAGUGAAGAUAAAAAGGAUGAAAAUUGGGAUACAAUUCGAAAGUGGUUGGAUAAACAGGAGAAAAAGUCAGUGGUUUAUGUUGCAUUUGGAAGUGAAGUGAUAUUAAGUGAUGAAGAGUUUACUGAGAUAGCUAAAGGAUUGGAAUUAUCUAGUUUUCCGUUUCUUUGGAUUGUGAAGAAGCAAGAUAAACAUGAUUGGUUUGUUGAGAAUGAUUCAAAUAAGAAUGGAUUGAUUUGGAGUAAUUGGGCACCACAGUUGAGAAUCUUAUCACAUGAGUCAAUUGGAGGAUUCUUGACACAUUGUGGUUGGAGUUCAGUGAUUGAGAGCCUUCAAGUUGGAUGUCCACUCAUUGUGUUACCUUUCCAAAAUGAUCAAGGUUUAAAUGCUAGAGUUAUGGAAGAAAAAAUGGUUGUGGUCAAGGUAGAAAGAAAUGAUGGAAAAUUCAAUAGAGAUUCAGUGGCUAAGGCAUUGAGAUUGGUGAUGGUAGAGGAAGAAGGAAAGAGAUAUCGACGUAAAGCUGAAGAGAUGGGCAAGAUUGUUGGAGACAUGGAGCUUCAGCAAAAAUAUAUAGAUGAAUUUGUUGAUUAUGUUGAGCUCAAUGUCUUUGCCACUAAGCAGUAGUACUUAAGGUUCCUUUGCUCUUUCUUUCAACAGAAUCAUAGGCACAACAAAUGUUUGUUUGUUUUAUUUUGUUUCAUUGUUGUAAUGUCAUCCUGGAUGGUGCUUGUUUUCCAAUUGAUGCAUUCGGAUAGAAAUAGAAGUUUGUUACUUUGUUCCAUACUGCCUUUACAAUAUGGAGUUUAAGCUCUUUCAUUAAGUGCUUUAUGCAGAUUUUAUUCCUUAGAAUAUCAAGGAAACUAGUCUAGAAACUCAAAAGGAGUAACUGUAUUAUCUUAUUCAUAUUUAUUCAUGAGUGAAAUUGAAAGCCUUCUUUUCUCUUAAAAUGCAUCAGCAGGUGCGACGGUCGGUGUUUGCCACCCGCAUCACCUCAUACCCAGUUUUCGGGUGGCCGUGUUGCUGAUAGUUUUCCGCCGUAGUUCUGGUGGUCUUCGUUUGCGACGAUGAUUUUUUCUUCAGGGUUUCAUUUCCUCCUUAGCUCUUUAGAACCUACCUCAUUCUCGAGAAUUAGACUGCUGAGAUGAUGUUCCAACAUCUGAUUCAACAUCAGUCCCUUUUUUCAUGAGUCUUCAACCACAAUAUUUUUAGAUUUCAUCAUGAUUUUGAAUCUUGACUUAACAACUUUAUAAGCUCUGUUGUUUGAGGUGUAACCCAAAAAUAUUC